ACAGUGACAUUAAAAAGUAGGACGUUUGGUUUGGGAUUAUGGAUAUUUAGGAAUUACCUAAAUCAAAAUAGAACAUUAUUCGUUAAGCUAUAAUGCUUUAAAUUUUAAAUAGGAGAAGACAAUUUUGCUAGUUGUAAAAAUGUUGAGCUCCUUUCAAAACACCGUAAAAUAUUUACGGUUGGUGAAUAUAAAAACGGCAUUAAACACGCUAAAAGAGUGCAAGCCGAUCAACAAUCCAUGCAUAGAGAAACCAAAAUACGAUUUGGUGUCAAAAGCCAAGACGGUUUACUUCAGUCCUCGUAGUAUUAACUAUGAGAUCCAAGAAAAGCCUUCUGAAAGAAAAAUAAAGAGAGAUCCAUUAUCUUAUACGCCGAUAGUUAAUCCUAGAUCAAUUUUACCACUAAUUGAUUCAAAUUGGAAGAAAGAUGAAAUUGGUUUACCAGCGCUUGAGCAGGAGGAGAAGCAGGCGAUUCGUUUGAUCGUUAUUAGGAGGAAGAAAAUGAAGAAACAUCAGAGAAGGAAGCUGUGGAAGAGAAUGAGGCAUCGUUGGGCAAGAGUAAAGAAAAACCGCCGCAUCAAAAAAGAAAAGAUCUUCCAAAACGAACUGGCCAUGAUGGUGAAGCAAGCUCACGAAUUCUCCGCUGAGCAGUAUGUAGCCAGCAAGAUCGAAAAAGCGAACCACACACCAUUACCCACUCGCUGGAAACACAAGAGGUUACCGCAGUUUAUCAUUCGACAGCUUCUGGGCAUAGACAAGAAGAUUAACUAUAAACACACAGAUGUUUAUAAAGCAUAGAUUAUAGAGUUAAGAAAAAUGUCAGUUUGAAUUAUUAUUUGAUAAUGCAUUUUUGUGUAAGGUUACAAAAAUUGUUCUUUAGCUGAACUUGUAAAAUUUAUCGGAAAUCUGUCAUUGGUUGUUAGACUCUGAUAAAAUGUCUCUGUUUAAUUUGUUUAUGCAAUUAGUGGCAAAGUGUAUUUCAUUGGUCAGAUAACAUCAGUUUGGCAAAGCAAUGUUUGUAUUAGAAUAGUUUGCGAAAUAAAUGUCUACAUAAAAA